CUGGGAAAUAGUUUGUAGGGGAGCACAAGAGGAGAACACUCUUGCUAUUGAAAACAGAGCAGAUGAUGUCAAAGGUUUGACUGGGGUCGUUUGAACUUGACCUCGCAGUCCUCACCGUGGCAGGAGGUAUAAAUCGGGCAGCACGCGGCAGGAACAGGUGCUGACAGACCUGAAGACACCCUUGUCGGCAAGAUGCCUGUUCGCAUGGCGGUGGUCGCUGCUCUGCUGAUCCUCACUGAGGUCCCCUGGCUGGCACACGGGGACUCUGACAACCACUUACACGGCAUCGCCUUCAUCUCCGUCACCACCGAUGACAUCGAGUCAUCUCUGAAGUUUUACGCUGAGCUUCUAGGAGGGAUGCAUGCACAAGAAAUGAGCCAUCGCUUCCAUGGCGACGAGCACUACCAACUUUUUUUCUUCAAAGAACUUCAAGAGGCCAGAGAACGAGGAGCAGAACCAGUUGGUGUUCCCAACAUUGGCUACGACGGAACCUACGAGGUGCGAGUUGAGUUUGUGGUCUUCGACAACGGCCUCGUUCAGCUGAUGCAGUUCACUAAGCGAGAAGGAACAGGUCAAGGGUCAGCCUUCUCCGUCGUGGAGCCCUACACUAGUCCGGCCUACAUCGCUGCACCACACCUCUGCUUCUGGGUGCAGGACGACGUCGACUUCAACCACUACAUCGCUCAAGUGGAGGCAAGAGCGGUUGAGCUGAACCUUACCCAGGUCAAGUUCAACAGACCUGUAGAGGUCCAUAGCGAGGCCGAGAGGCGAGCUGUACCAGAAGAGCGGCUGGGUAUCACCUUCCUGCAGGGCGACUUUUCUGGGCUGUCCUUCGCCUACUUCAAGGGCCCCAACGGUGAGCAGCUGGAGCUGUACCGCAUCACGCAGCUGUUUCGCAACAACGUGGGCCGCCAUUACUGCCGCCGACGAGCCGUGGCCACGGCCUUCAUGUCUGGCCGCGUGGACAACGAGUACAAGCGGGCGGCCGGCGUGCCAGGCAAACUCUAUGGCCUCUUCCAGUUCGGCACGCGCACGGACGACCUGUGGCGGUCUGUGGACUUUUACACAACCGUCCUGGGCGCCGAAGACCUGCGGCAGCCUCUGCAAGGCGUGAACAUCCACGGUGAUAACGUUGAGUUCAUGCUGUUCCAGAAAGAACUCCUGGAUGCCGACGCAUGGCAGGUAGCGCCUCGCGAGGUAGGCGUGGCUAACAUUUCCGAUUCCGGCAACAUGCGCUUGGAUCUGCGAUUCAGCCUCUUCGACAACUACGUGGUGGAGACGUUGCUGUACACAGACGGACAGCGACUGGGUGACCCCGUCUUCAGCCCACGCCACAACCACUCCAGCGCUGCUUACCCUCACGACAUGUUCGUCGCUUUCCACUUGAGAAGCGAUGUUGACCUGGCGGCCUACGUGGACAAGAUCGAGCGCGUGGCGGAGGACAACGGCUUCUCGGAACUCAAAGCGUCACGUACCACCCAGCAGAAGAACCAUUUCACUUUCACGUCCGGUCCUCUGGCAGGCUUUAGCUACUCCAUGUUCAAUGGUCCAGCUGGUGAGCAUGUGGCUGUGGUGCAGUUUAACGGUCAAGCUGGCGAGAAGCUGAAGCGCGCGCUGAUACAAUAUGGCGCCGUCAGCACGGCCUUCCCGGAGACGAACCCUUGGACAACAGGCGCCAUGGACGACUUUUGUCGCCAAUACGAGUCUGCUCCAGUGGGACGUUAAUUACAGAUGACAGACGUGCCAGACUGCUUGCAUCAAGGAGCAACUAAGGCUUUUUUUUUAAAUGUUCCUUCGCGGAAUAUUUUCGGAGACGUUUCAUGUAAAAAAAAAAAAAAUCGAUCUCAAGGUGUAUCUCCAUCUUGACUGUUCGUUGAACCCUCGUAUUGCGAAACCAGCUUAUUAGUCGGUCUACCUCGUCAAUUGUUCGCACACUAGUAUCGACCUAAAAAAAAUGAUCUUGCCUGUUUAAUAUAAUCCAAGAUCUGCAUGAAUGUAACAUCUUUAUUUUAUCAAUGUUAUUAAAUUAUCAGAUUACUUAAUGUC